AUGCCGACUCUCGUCUCCACAUUGUUGACUCUCCCCCUCCUCGCUCUCAUCUCCAUCCCGCUCGCACUAUCGGCAUGCAUCACCAUCUGCUUCUCCAUUCUAGCCCUCGCCCUUCGCUUUUCCCUCAUAUACGUCGAACUAUGCCUCGCCAUCAUCGCCAACUACUUUGUCAUCCCGACUGCUGCCAACACCUCCCUCCUCAACUUCUCCGCAUCUGAGCCAACUACCCCAGCAGCCUCCACGACUCCCAAACGCCGCUCCAUCGACCACGGCAUCCCGGGCCUCCUCCCAGCCCUUGCAAACAACCGUCAAGGUUUCCCUUUUCCCCGUACACAACCUCAACCGCUCCCUCGCCGAACAAGCAGCUCAACCUCUUCCUCCUCGACCUCCCAAGAGAACAACAACCACCACCACACCCCUCACCGCAGAAACACACCCCCGCGCCACCCCGCCCCCUCCGCCCUCCUAACCCUCAUCAGUGGCGACGAAGGCCGCGACUUCGAAGGUCUAGGCGGCUGGCGCUGCGCCCCAACAAGAUACCAAGGCCAUCUCUCAGGAACCGCCUCCCCCUCUCCCAACAACACCACCGACGAAGGCGACGAACGAGCAUGGCUCUCCAUCAACCGACGCCUAGAGCUUCCCUUUCAACCUCUCUCCCUCCGAAGCAACUCCAACAUCGAACCCCUAGAAACCCUCCCCUGGAGACACCGACAAAUGGCCUCCUCCUCAACCAGUCCCCCCGGUAACGGUGGCAAUGGUAAUCAUAAUCCUUGUACUCGCCAUCAUCAUCGCUCCGCAACCACCUCUCUGGUCUCUACUAGCUUAUCUCCUAAAUCCCCGCUCCCGGACUCUCACGGCCUGGAUCCACUCCGUAGGACUACAUCACCAUCACAGCAACAGCAACAACACCAACCCCAGCAAAACACACUACCUUGUACGCCCUCCCCCGUUGAGAAAUUUCCCAGUGCACCGCCAAUAAUGCCUCAGGGAUCCAGCCCUCCCGACGCAGGGGCCGGAUACUUCGCUUUUCGACCCGAUAGCACGGGCAGUACGAGUGGGUCAACGACGCCGGUCGAGGAACGACGAUCACCUAGACCCUCCGGCCGGUUCUUGGUGCAUUACCCCACUGGCGUGCGAUAUCGUCGCAGGACCAAGAUAAAGAUUUUGAACAUGUCUAUACCUGCUUGCCGUGGUGUUCUACUGUAG